CCGUCCCGGUGCGCGUGCGCACUGUCCCCUCUCGGGGAGGUUCGCUAGUGUCCUCGCAAGUCCGCAACUGCGGGGGCACCGGGGGGCCCAGCCGCGCCCGGGGAGGCGGAGGUCGCCCCGCCAUGCGCUGGGGGCUGCGCCUUCGCGGGUCGGGCCCGGCGGCCCUGUCCGCUGCCCGGAAUCUGUGGAGGCCGCCUCGCCUGCCCGGACGCCUGGGCUGGAGAGCGACGCCGUGGAGGCUGCCGGUGCGGCCGGUAACCGGGGCCCAUGACCAGCCGCAGAACCCGAGCAGCGGCCAGUACCGGGACUCGGUGCUGCUGCCGCAGACCCGCUUUCCCAUGAAGCUGCUGGGCCGCCAGCAGCCCGACACGGAGAUGGAGAUCCAGCAGGAGUGUGGAUUUUCAGAACUUUAUUCAUGGCAAAGAGAAAGAAAAAUAAAGACAGAAUUUUGUCUUCAUGAUGGGCCUCCUUAUGCUAAUGGUGACCCCCAUGUCGGACAUGCUUUAAAUAAGAUUCUGAAAGACAUUGUCAAUAGGUACCAUAUGAUGAGAGGUUCCAAAAUACAUUUUGUACCGGGCUGGGAUUGUCAUGGGUUACCCAUUGAAAUGAGAGUAUUAUCAGGACCCGGUAGAAAAGUUCAGGAUCUUUCACCUAUGGAAAUUAGAGAGAAAGCUAGAUCAUUUGCUAAAGCAGCAAUUGAGAAACAGAAAUCCGCAUUUAUCCGUUGGGGAAUAAUGGCAGAUUGGGAUAAUUGCUACUAUACAUUUGAUAAAAAAUAUGAAGCCAAACAGUUGAGAAAUUUUUACCAACUGUAUGAAAAGGGUUUAAUUUAUCGAUCUUACAAACCUGUGUUUUGGUCUCCCUCAUCAAGAACCGCAUUGGCUGAAGCUGAGCUGGAAUAUAAUUUGGAACAUGUCAGUCAUGCCAUAUAUGUAAAAUUCCCUCUCCUGAAACCUUCUUCUAAGUUAACUUCUCUUACAGCAGGCACAUCUGCUAGUUUUUUAAUCUGGACCACCCAGCCAUGGACAAUUCCAGCCAAUCAGGCAGUUUGUUAUAUGCCAGAUUCAAAGUAUGCAGUAGUAAAGUGUUCCAAAUCUGGAGACCACUACAUACUGGCUGCAGAUAAAGUAACAUCUGUUGCUUCUGUUUUGGAAACAACAUUUGAGGUUAUAUCAACAUUUUCAGGCGAAGACUUGGAAAGUAGUACUUGUGCUCAUCCAUUAAUUCCUGAUAAGGAGUCUCCUCUUCUACCUGCAAAUCAUGUCACCAUGACAAAAGGAACAGGAUUGGUUCACACAGCCCCAGCUCAUGGAAUGGAAGAUUACAGUGUAGCUGUUCAGCACAACUUGUCCACGGAUUGUUUAGUGAAUGAAGAAGGAGUUUUUACUGAUGAAGCAGGUCCUGAACUUAAACACAAGGCUGUUCUUGAAGAGGGAACAGAUAUAGUUAUAAAGAUGCUUCAAGCCACAAAGAAUUUAUUGAAAGAAGAAAAAUUGGUGCACAGUUAUCCUUAUGACUGGAGGACUAUGAAGCCAGUGGUCAUUCGUGCCAGCAAGCAGUGGUUUAUAAAUAUCACAGAUAUUAAAACUACAGCCAAGGAAUUGCUAAGAAAAGUGAAAUUCAUUCCUGCGUCAGCACAGAGUGCCAUGAUUGAAAUGAUGGACAGGCGGCCAUAUUGGUGUAUAUCAAGGCAGAGAGUUUGGGGCGUUCCAAUUCCUGUGUUUCAUCAUAAGACAAAAGAUGAAUACCUGAUCAACAGCCAAACGAUUGAUCAUAUUACUAAACUGGUAGAAGAGCAUGGCAGUGAUAUCUGGUGGACUCUUCCCCCCGAGCAGCUUCUUCCCAAAGAAGUUUUAUCAAAGGUUGGUGGUGCUGAUGACUUGGAAUAUGUACCAGGUCAGGAUAUUUUGGACAUCUGGUUUGAUAGUGGAAUUUCAUGGUCUCAUGUUCUUCCAGGUAAUGAACAAAGAGCAGAUUUGUACUUGGAAGGAAAAGACCAGCUUGGUGGUUGGUUUCAGUCUUCCUUGUUAACAAGUGUGGCUCUAAAGAAACAAGCACCUUUUAAGACUGUGAUGAUUCAUGGAUUCACUCUUGGUGACAAGGGAGAAAAGAUGUCCAAGUCUCUUGGGAAUGUUAUUGACCCAGAUAUUGUCAUCAAUGGGGGGCAGGAUCAAAGGAAAGAGCCUCCCUAUGGUGUUGAUGUCCUUCGCUGGUGGGUGGCCGAGUCCAACAUCUUCUCUGAAGUGACCAUUAACCCUUCCGCACUUAAUGCAGCCAGGGAUGACAUUAGCAAGCUUAGAAAUACACUCCGCUUUCUUUUGGGAAAUGUGGCUGGCUUCAAUCCAGAAACAGAUUCCGUCCAUGUCAAUAACAUGUAUGUCAUAGACCAGUAUAUGCUACACUUACUGCAGGACUUAGCAAAUAAGAUCACGGAAUCAUAUAAACAGUAUGACUUUGGAAAAGUUAUUCGGCUAUUACGAGCAUUUUAUACCAGAGAACUCUCUAACUUUUAUUUCAGUAUAAUCAAAGAUAGACUUUAUUGUGAAAAUGCCAGCGACCCCAAGCGACGCUCCUGCCAGACUGCAUUAGCUGAGAUUUUGGAUGUCAUAGUUCGUUCUUUUGCUCCCAUUCUCCCACACUUGGCUGAAGAGGUAUUCCAGCACAUACCUUAUGCUACGGAACCCAAGAGUGUUUUCCGUACUGGAUGGAUUCAUACAAGUUCAAUCUGGAAGAAGCCUGGGUUGGAGGAAGCAAUAGAGAGUGCGUGUGCAAUGAGAGAUUCAUUUCUUAAAAGCAUCCCUGGAAAAAAUGCCGCUGAGUAUGAAGUUAUCAUUGUAAUAGAGCCUGGACUGCUCUUUGAGAUAAUAGAGAUGCUACAAGCUGAGGAGACUUCCAGCAGCUCUCAGUUAAAUGAAUUAAUGAUGGCUUCCCAGACAACUUUACUCUCUCAGGAACCUCGGACAUUAGCUGCAGAUGUCACUGAGCUUAAGGGAACAUUCCUGAUCAAUUUGGAAGGUGGGGAUAUUCGGGAAGAGUCUUCAUAUAAAGUGAUAGUCGUGCCAACCACCAAAGAAAAGUGCCCUCGUUGCUGGAAGUACACAGCCACGUCUUCAGGCACUCUCUGUCCUCGAUGUGCAGAAGUUGCUGGAAAGUAGCAUCUGACUGGAUGGAUGGUUCUGAGCAAAAGCGCCCCAACAGCACUGCUGGGAAGUGAGGUGGACUGAUUUCAAUACUGAGGAUAAAUCUCCAGAGGCUCAAGUAGUGGGUGGAGGAAUAAAGGUCAGAGCUAGAACUGCAAGUUGUUCCUGUAAGUAGAUAACAUGUGUGUAUAUAACCUGUGGGGAAAAGAUACAUGCAGAUGGAUAUGGCUGUAAACAAUGAACUCACUCGGUACACAGCUAUUGAACAUGCCUGCCUUCAGAUAGGACUGAAAAGAAAAUGUUUUAUAUUUUAUAAAUCUUUUUGACUCAGUAUUUAAUAUGCUUAAAAAAUAAAGGCCUUCUACUGA